AGCACUGUGUUGUAAUAUCUAUCAUUAGAUCAAAUAUGGAGAUAAAAGUCCUGUGUCUUCUCAUGAUACUGAGUCUGGGAAUCCAUUUGUCCCCGGCCGAAUUUUUGUUGCGGCAAAAAAGGAACUGGAUCAUACAAACCUUCAUGAUCGAUGAAAGUUACAGUGGGACCUUUCCAUAUUAUUUGGGUAAAAUUGAAAUUGAUUCCAGUUUAAAUAUUGUGGAAGUCACUGGUCAAGGUAUGACUGAGGAACCUCGAGAUUUAAUUAGCCUAAAUGAAAAAGAAGGACAUGUUAUAAUCAAGGGUCCCGUGGACUAUGAAAAAUAUACAAUUCUGAAGCUGAUAAUUAGGGCACAAAGUAAAGAAAAUCAUACAUGGACAAAGGUGGGCGUUAAUUUUGAAAUCAUUGAUGCAAAUGACAACCCCCCAAUAUUUAGCAAAACAGCAUAUGAGAUUACCAUAAAUGAGUCAACAUUACAAGGCACUGAAUUGAUCAAUGUUACAGCAACAGACAGUGACAUCAAAGAGGAGUAUAGGAUUUUUUUUUUUAGUAUAGACUCAGUUAUUCCUGAAACAGAGGACUUGGAAUUCACCAUAAAUAAGGUGCCUUAUUUUGGUGAUGGAACCAUUUCAUUUAAAGGAUGCCUGGAUCACAAGAAAGCAGACAAAUACACCAUUAUUGUGAAAGCAACAGACCUUGGAAAACCAAAGCCACUCUUCAGCUUCACCAACGUAACAGUCAACAUAAACCAUGGAAAUAGAUAUUGGCCAAUGUUUACAAACCAAACUGGUCCAGUACGUGUGAAAGAAGGUGAGGAAAAUGUUAUUUUUUCCCGUCUACAAGUCAAGGAUGAAGAUACCAAAGGUACACAAGGUUGGAAUGCAAUAUAUAAAAUCCAUGGAGACAAAAACAACAACUUCAAAAUAAGGACUGAUCCUCAAACAAACGAAGGAUUACUCUAUGUGAAUAAGCCACUCGACUAUGAGGAUGAAUCCUUGAAGAACAUCACAAUCACAGUGGAGAAUGAAAUUCCUUAUUUCACAUGCAAAGUGAUAGAUCGAAACACCUCAGGCCUUUGGAAAAUAAAAACAGAUCCCAGCUUUUUCAGUGAAGCAUCUAUGAGUAGAAGGAGUGAUGGAGGAGGGACUCAUCAAAUGACAAUAGUAGUAGAAGAUGUCAAUGAGCCUCCAGACUUUGAUGAACUAAAACCAAUUUCUCUGCCUAAAACUGUGGAAGUGGGCCAUUAUUUGGGAACAAUUGUUUCUAGAGACCCAGAUGUCCAAGGUACAAGAAUAAUUAGAUACUCAAAAGGUGAAGAUCCAGCCAAUUUGGUUUCAGUGGACCCCGAGACCGGAAAAAUAACCACAGCAAGUAUCUUAGACAGAGAGUCACCCUAUGCUAAAGAUGGAAUUUAUGUCAUCACAGUGAAUGCUGUUGAUUGUGGAAGCCCUCCUCAGACCAGCACAGCGAGUCUCAGCAUCUACAUCGCUCGUGAGAAUGACAAUGCUCCAUCUCUAAUUGUAAACACCUUUGACAUGUGCCAAAGUGACAAAUCAUCAUGGGUCAAUGUCACAGCUGUGGAUCCAGAUGAGGACCCAUACAGUGGGCCUUUUUCAUUCAAACUUCUUGGAGAUGUUAAAAAGUGGAGGAUUGAUCCUGAGCAAGGAUAUUCAGUCAACCUUGUUAAAGGACAAAACGUUUAUUCUGGACAUCACAAGUUGAAGCUAGAAGUGUCAGAUUUUCAAGGAAAUAAAGCUCUUCAUGACUUGUCAGUUGUUGUGUGCAAGUGCUCUGAUACAACCAAGCCAGACUGCAGCCUGAGAAAAGCUGCCGGAUUCACAGUAGGAACAGGAGCUCUGGGAGUAUUAUUCUUCUGCAUUACAUUAAUAAUAGGUUUGUUAUUUUUAACAUUUUUGGUGUCAUGUAAACCUGAGACGAUACCAGUGGACGAUGGUGAGCCUGUGCAACACUUAAUGAAAAGCAACACAGAAGAACCAGGAACUGAUUGUCACGUGCCCUUCAACUCACUAAACAGCAGAAAUUAUGGACAGCAAAUUCAAGUAUCUGAAGAUGUAAAUUUGUCAAUGACACCGGUAUUACUGGAUUCUGUCGUUAAUGUCCAAGCCUGCCCGAAUGUGAUCAAGUUCAAUCAAGACAGAGGGAGUUGGGCAAAAUCUUCUGUGGUGUCUUUCCGUGAGCACCGGGAUAUGUCUACUGAGGGCAUGGGGAUCCGACGUCAGCUGGGAACAUUAAAAGAAGGGGCCCGUAUGGAGCAGACUCAUGAAACUCUACUAUUCACAGCCCUCACAAAUAUUCUAGAAAAACUUGAGGCACCAGGUGAGGAACUUGGUGAUUAUGAACCCACUGUGUAUGAUGAUGAGGGAGACUUGGUAAAAAACUUUGAACUUGAUGCCAUUUCCAACCCUGAAGAUCCCUUUGACUCAGAAAUAGAACUGGAUUCCAGGUUUUUACCCCUUGCAUCAGUCUGCUCACCUGACUUGUUUGCCCAAAGCACAACAAUGUAAGACAGAUACUCUGACCAGAAUGGUUGAGCAUAGGAGGGCUACUUCUUGUGUUGUGUUUAAUGUUUAGCUUUUCUACACCUUUCAAGCAAUCUUAAAAGAUGCCAAGGCCGACUGAAUUUUGUUUUAACAUUUAAUAGUUUUAAACAAUUUCUGCCAAAAAGAUGGAGUGCUGUUAAAAAAAUGACAAUGAUAUUUUCUUUGUAUAUGGAGACAAGUUAUAGAAAGCAAACUUGAUUACCAUUACAACGUAUCAAAAUAACAAGACAUAGCUCAAGUUUUAAGUCUUUACGUUUCUUUAUAAUUCAGCUGUUUUUAGAUUUUUAUUUCUUUGUUUCCCAGAAUUUAAAUAUGAUUCAUUUGAAGAGCAUUAUUGUAUACAAAACAAAGGAAAUUAAUUUUUUUAUGUAUCAUUGUCAAGUGUCCUUAAAAUACUUAGCACUACUUCAUUAUUUUCUGAUGUAAUAGAACUUUCAUGUGUAAAAAUGUUGCACAUAUUAGGAGUUUGCAUGUUGUAUUUUGCACAAAAACACUGUUUAAAAAACAAUAAGGAAUACACAGAAAUAUUUGUUAUUUUGGCACAGAAGAACCUUUCUACUUGACUGAGCGACAUUUGUGGAGCUUCAUUGCCUUGAUAAAAUGACAAGUUUAUACACUGAUAGUUGUAAUCCACAAGAGGGUUCUGGUUUCUGUUUUUCAAAACAUACACGGCAAAAAGAAAAAAAUUUCCCACCAUUUUUGUUCAGCUAUAUUAGCCUUUAUUUGAUAGUUGAAAUGACAGGAAGGUGGGUUGUGACAGAGGGGGAAGACAUGCGGCAAAGGUCAACGGACCGGGACUCGAACCAUCACAGACCUGCACUGCCAGACUAACCUGGUCAUAUUAUUUACAGCACAGUCUGGGCUUUCUCCCCUUCACUUGGAUUCUCACCAGUAGAUUUUCUACAGGGCCAAUCAGCGAACAGAAGGAGAAGUUGUGAUAUUUCUGUGCAUUUUUAGAAUUGUAGUCUGCCUAGGAAGUAAGAAGUGAACAAAGCCAUUCAGUCCAUGUUGAUCAAAUAUUGCAAUGACAUUAGCAGCUUCCUUGUUUGAACUGGUACUUCUCUCCUCACGGUGGAGGAUGGUUGUUUUCAUCGCAGGCAAUUUCUGGUAAGCUUCAUAACAUGGAACUGGUGCAUUACAUAUGUCACGCGGAAACAAUAACUGAGAGCCCAGACCCUCUGCACGAUGCAAAUACAGAUACAGGACAGAUACAGGAAAUCCUUCCUGCCACAUGCCAUCUCACUGUACAAUAAAAGCUAAAUCAC